AUGAAUACAAAAAUUAAUGACAGGUUGAAACAGGAUAAAACUUUGUCAUAUGCUGAUUUUCAUCACCAAAUUACCAAGAAUGAGGAAGACGCCAACUCUUUAAAACCUUACAACAAUCAGCAAAAGCAAACAGCUUACAGAAGGAUAAGUGAGGAAGAUGAGCUGGUUAAGUACAUGUCAAAUUUACCAGGUUACCUGGAGAAAGGAGAAAAAAUUCCUGAAAAAGUUUUGAAUGUUGGGGUGCUUGAUUGGGCCAGUCUACAACAAUGGCAGUGCAGCCAUAAACAUGUACCCUUAACUAGCCGGAGCUCGACAUCUACUUGUAAUACUUCAUCUUCUGUUUCAACAGAGGGAUUAUCUGGUAAUUCUAGCAAAAGUCUUUAUUGUUCCCCUUCUCAUCAAAGAAUAUCUCGUCCGUCAUUGCAAUCUCACUUCAUGACAAAUCCAGUGAAAGACUACUCUGUAUCUGUCAAAUCCUCUGGAGGAAGUUUUGUAAGUAGUCAGAAUCUUAAAGGUGGCUGCAUUAAUGUUAACACACACAGCGAGUAUGCUCGAGUUGGUGACCAUCUUUCCCAGAACCAUCCUGCUAGUAUACCUAAAGGAUGUGAAAGGAGAAAACCAAAUCCACUUAUUAUUAAGGAAAGUGAUAUCUUUCCAAAUGGUGGAAUGUGUGAGGCAGCAUCACGAACUAAGCUUGAAACAAGUGCUCCAGAUGAUAGUCCAGAGAAGAAAGUGGAGAAUUUCAGACAACCAAAUAUUGAUGCUGAUGAGCAAGUUAUGCUUGGAAAAAGCAAAUCGAUUGUUCUCAUUUUGCCUAGAGACAUCCCCCAGAAUAAUCAUCAGAAAGUUCCUGAUAUUCGAAAUUCCUUGGGUCAAAAGCUAGGAAGUCCUACGCAAACAAGAUUUUCAAAAAAAGCUAAGGAACUUCCUUGUAGAUAUCCAAAUUCCAGUAUUUCCUACUCCUGUCCUCUGCAGGAUGAAAUUACUGGAAGCCAUUCUCAUCCGAAACGAUCAGUAUCCAGUUCUCUAGAUCCAGAAGGUAUUAAAAUUCCGGUUUCCAAUUUAUCAGCACCCAUAUCGGUCAGAACAGGAAUAAGUCCUUGCAGAUCUAGAAAGGCCGAGGAAAAGAAAGAAGAGAAUGGUGCAUCGUCUUCUGCAAAUGGGUCUCUCAAGGGAAUAGAUCAGAAAGUAACUACAGAGAAAUUAAGAAGUUCUUCACCUUUUCGGCGAUUUAGCUUCAGCAUUGGCUUUACAGGUAAAGGUUCUGGCUGUAAAGAGGUUGCACAUGUGCCACAUCAGAGCUCCAUAGCAGCACUUAAAUCUAGUUCAGAAUGCAUAAGAAAUUAUGCUAGCUCGAAAAAUUCGGGCCAUGAUAAAUCUGGUGAUGCUGCCAAAAGCAGGUCCAGUAGCCCUUUAAGGCGAUUACUGGAUCCAUUGCUGAAACCAAAGACACCAAAUGGCCAUCGAUCAAUGGAGUUGUCUCAUAAAGAUUCAGUCUCAACAAAUAAGAAUUGUAGGUCAGAUAAUAGGAAAUUUUCUAUGGAGAAAACUGAAGUGGUCGGGGACCAGAGGGUUGGUUGUUCCACAAUGAAUACGGUUGAUUUAUCGAAGAACAAAAAUAAUGUGCCAUCAACGUUUCAAGCUCUUCUAAGAAUUGCUGUGAAGAAUGGUCAGCCCCUUUUCACAUUUGCUGUUGACAAUAAUAGCAACAUUCUUGCAGCCACUGUGAAAAACUUGGCUGUCUCAAAGAAAGACGAAUGUGAUCGUAUUUAUACCUUUUUUACCUUUAGAGAGGGUAAAAAGAAGAGCGGAAGUUGGAUGAAUCAACCAAGCAAAAGUAAAGGUGCUGAUUAUAUUCACCAUGCUGUCGCCCAGAUGAAAGUUUCUGGUUCACACCAUUAUGAUUCACCUAGCCAGAAUUGUGUGGACGCCACUGCUAAUAAAGAGUUUGUUUUAUUUUCUGUAAAGCUAAAGCAGGGAGAUUCUCAGGUCAAUGACUAUGAACCAAAGGAUGAGCUUGCUGCUAUUGUUGUCAGAUCAUCCAAUGUUGUUGAUUUUAUCAAUUAUGCACACCAGAGUAGUAGCCAGAACGACACUCAAGAUCUACAUGUAACAGUUGUGCUCCCAACUGGGGUUCAUAGUCUUCCAAGUAAUGGUGGACCUUCAUCACUGAUUGAGCGCUGGAGAACGGGUGGAUCAUGUGACUGUGGUGGUUGGGAUAUGGCUUGUAAACUUAAGAUACUGGCAAAUGAAAGUCAAAUAUGUAGAAAAUCAAGAAUUUCGAAAGCUUGUUUCCCGCAUCCCUUUGAGCUUUUCCUCCAGGGGAAUGACCAGGACCAAGAAAACCAGCCUGCUUUCAGUUUUUCUCCCUUCAAGCCUGGGUUAUACUCGGUAGCUUUUGAUUCUUCAUUCUCACUUUUGCAAGCAUUCUCCAUCUGCAUAACGUUAGUGGAUGGCUUGAUCUCAUAUGAACUUGGAUCAAGAAACUAUGUCGAAGGAAAAAAUCCGAGGGAAACUCUGUUGGUGCAAACAGAUGAACUAAAAGCUUUCGGCAAAUUGGAGGAUAUUCCUGCAACUUACGUUGCUUAUCCUCCCCUCUCUCCAGUUGGUAGAGUCUAA